AUGGCAGAAGAGGACGAAGAAAGAUUACAAGAAUUAACACCAGCAUCAGCACCACUUUCAGCAGUCCAAUCAGGUUCUAGAUACAUCCCAUCAACUUUAGUAUCAGAUGAUGAAAAUACAGUAAUUGAUAAUCAUAAAUUUUUAAGAAGUGAAUUAAGAAAACCUUCAGCAGCAGAUUUUAAUCCUGGUUAUACUGAAUGGCCAAAACAUGAAGCUGGUAAUGCAUCAAGUGUUGGAUUAGCUUCAUUUGGAGUUACAACUUUUGUAUUGGGUUUAUAUUUAGCUCAAGCUAUGGGGAUUGAAACUAUUAAUAUUGCUAUUGCACCUGCUAUUUUCUUUGGUGGUGUUAUACAAUUUUUAGCUGGUGUUGCAUUAUUCAUUAUUGGUGGUGAAGGUAAUACUUUUGCAGCUACUGUUUUUACAUCAUAUGGAUCAUUUUGGUUAUCUUUUGGUUCUAUUUUCAUACCAGCUUUUCAAAUUGCUUCUGCUUAUGGUGAUGAUAUUGAACAAUUCAAUCAUGCUGUUGGAUUUUUUUUAUUAGGUUGGGCAAUUUUCACAUUUUUUAUGUUCUUAGUCACUUUUAAAUCUACUUGGCCUUUAUUGUUGUUGUUUUUUACAUUAGAUUUUGGGUUUUUUAUGUUAAGUGCUGGAUAUUUAGUUCAAAGUACAAGAUGUAUUAGAGGAGGAGGAGUUUUAAUUUUCUUGUCUUCAUUAUUUGGACUUUAUGCUUGUUUUGCUGGUAUUUCUACUUCAUAUAAUAGUUAUUUAAUUUUCCCGGCCGGUACAAUUCCUGUCCAACAUAAUAAGACCAAAUCAGUACCAGUUUGA